AUGGCCACCGACUCACAGAAACAUCCCUUUAGUGCAAGGGGUGCAGCGCUUCAUGGAAUUCCUUCAUUACGAGAAUACAAUGAAGAUACACCCGAAUGGCCGCCCACAGAAUACAUUAAAAACAAUGCCAGCAGCGCCAUACAAGUUUGUCUGACGAAGUACAUUUUGGGCUCUGAUGGGGCACGAAGUGCUAUCCGUCAAGCGACGGGGGUGCAAUCAUCCUCACGGGGCAGCGAAGAUGCUUGGGCUGUGGUAGAUGUCUACGUUGACACCAAAUUCCCAGAUUACAGGCGACGCUGCGCCAUUCGAACCCCUGAUGGCGGUUGUGUGCUUAUUCCUCGUAAGGAUGAGGGGCUCCGAAUCUUUCUUCAAAUCGAUGAAAAUGGCCAGGAGAGCCUCGGCGCAAACGGGCACAGGAUGUCGUCUGUGAAAACAGUGCCUUCAAACUCACCAAUAUCAUCCAGUCGCACAUUAAAAAGCCAAUACUGUGUUGCACAACGAGUUGUUCAUAAGUUUUGUGAUCAAACCCAGCGAGUGUUCCUCCUCAAAGAUACAUGCCAUACACAUAGCCCUAAGGCAGGACAGGAAAUGAACGUCAGCAUUUCUAACUCAUAUAGAGUAACAUGGAGACUGGCACUUGUUCUGAAAGGUAUCGCAAACCCAGCAUUGCUCCAGACAUAUCAACAGGAGAGACUUUGGGUAGCCAAGCAGCUGAUUGAAUCUGAUGCCCAGUUUGCCCGUCAAGUGGGCAGAAAGAGAAACUUCAAAGCCAAAACCUCCGCGAAACAUGGGAAUCGGGGUAUGGAUUCACAAGUGGUGUGGCGCAAAGCGGUGGAGCCACUGACGCCGGGGAGACGUCUGCUUCCAAUUGAUGCCGUUCGACAUAUCGAUGGAAAUCAUGCUCACCUGCUCGAUGUCAUGCCGUCCAACGGCAGGUUCCACUUGUUUAUUUUUGCCGGUAACCAGCUUCUUCCGCCGAUGAUGCUUGGGGAUUCUCUGGAUUCCUCUCAGUUUCCAAUGAGCCUCUUUAACCUUCGACCAUUGGAGCUUAUGGAACGUUUCCGCCAUGAGGACAUAACCACGGACCCUGAUUCUACCACCAGCAAGCUCUAUGUCCUUGACCUUUUCUUGAUUCAUUCAAUAGAUCAUUUGAGCAAUCCAUUGGAAGGGCUCCCAGCUCCCUUUUCCACCAAAUGGUCGAUGAGGGUGUAUUCUGAUAUCAGCGGUGCUGCUCAAAAUCAGUUGGGGUUCCUGAAGACUCUGGUCUCCCCGGUAUUCCGAUCCUAGUUGCAGAUUGACUUGUCCACAGACGCACUCUCAGUGUCCGCUCAGUGAGGCUGACUGCGAGCGCCUCACAAAAGCGGU